UUAAAGUCUCUCCGAUGACCAACAGGUUCACCAUGAGCUGAAUUGUUCACGUUGACUACAUAUAGUGCGAUUUGCCUUUCAAUAACCAAGUUGAUUUUUACUGUAGUUCAGUAAAAGCUUUUUGUGUUCUUUACACAAAGCCCUCCAGUCAUGUCAGACAAAGGCCAAGACGUCGAUUUAACUAGAGCCAAACAAAACACGGGAGUCUGGCUGGUGAAGGUUCCCAAAUAUCUUUCUCAGCAGUGGGCAAAAGCAUCUGGGCGAGGAGAAGUGGGCAAACUUAAAAUUGGGAAAGCUCAAGGGAAGACGGCGGUGUCUUUCAGUCUGAACGAGGAGCUGACCGAUUACAAGCUGGCUCUUGAAGGCAUGGUUGUGCAGCGAGCUGAGUGUAGACCUGCAGUCAGUGAGAGCUACAUGAAACUAAAGAAGCUCCAGAUUGAAGAAUCCACCAAACCUCUUCGUUUUUCCCAGAAGCUUGAGAAAGCUAUCACAACAAAUUACAAACCUGUGUCCAACCACAGCCAUAAUGUGGAAUAUGAGAAGAGAAAGAAAGAGGAAGGCAAGCGUGCAAGAGCUGACAAGCAGAAGGUUCUGGAAAUGCUCUUCUCUGCCUUUGAGAAACACCAGUACUACAACAUCAGAGACCUGGUGGACAUUACGAAGCAACCGGUGAUUUACCUGAAGGAGAUUCUUAGGGAGAUCGGAGUGUAUAAUUCCCGAGGGCCUCAUAAGAGCACCUGGGAGCUGAAGCCAGAGUAUCGCCACUAUGAGGAAGGACAGGAGGAUGAGGAGGAAAAAAUAGAGUAAUCCGGUUUACAUAAGCCUGGGUUGGUUUUGCUUUCAUGUAACUGUUUAUUUUUGUGCCAGAUUUGUUUUGGACCUUGUUCACUCCCAGGUGGAACGAAUGUCGGUAUAAAAGAAAUCAAGAUAAACCUUUUUUUCUUGGGUUACAUAACUCGCUUUCUCUAAGAGCAUUAUGAAAUGAAUACUGUAAUUUGCAUAAGACUCUUACAGCCUUCUGAGUUGAGAGCACUUGUGUUUAUGGUUACAGAAGCACAUUAAUAACAUUAAUGAAAACACCCUUUGGACUUUCUAUUAGUUUAACAGUUUCAUAACUCUCGUCAGUAACCGUUAGUGCAUAUAAACACAUCUGUCCUGCUGGGCAAGAGUAAAUUGCUUAAGAUCACUUGCGGGUCACACUUUACCACAAAACUAAAUUAAAACAAAAUUUGCAUUGCAAGAUGAUGCAUAUUUUUUUGGACCAACAAGGAUUUCUGGAU